UGUGGACGAAAUAGUCUGCACACUGUCUCUUGGACUAAGAUAACUGCAUCGAAGCAUGAUAACACAACACGCCAGUAUACCGGCGACUGUGUUCAAACUGAGACGUGUUAUGCCGUAUUGAGCAAUGGGUCGAGUAUUAACAGUUCUGGCUGUGGUGGCUAUCGGCGCUGGUGCCUGGUAUGUCUUCCAAUGUCUGGAGGCACCGAAGGCGCCCAAGCUGAACCUGGAGGAGUGGUGGGGUCCCAAUGAGUUGAAGGGAAAGGUUGACACCAGUAUCAGACCGUUCAGGGUCCAGUUUGAUCAAGCUAUGGUACAAGAUCUGAAGACUCGCCUUAAAAACCAUCGACCCUUCACUCCUCCUUUGGAGGGCGUUGGCUUUGAAUACGGCUUUAACAGCAAGGCCAUUGACCCCUGGGUCCAGUACUGGGCUGAUAAGUACAACUUCACGGCCAGAGAGAAGUUCUUGAACCAGUUCCCACAAUUCAAGACCAACAUCCAAGGAUUGGAUAUCCAUUUCAUCAGGGUAACACCUAUGGUUCCUCAGGGAGUCAAAGUGGUUCCGAUCCUGCUGAUGCAUGGCUGGCCAGGAUCUGUCAGGGAGUUCUAUGAAGCCAUUCCUCUGCUCACACAACAGAGAGCUGGAUACGACUUCGUGUUCGAUGUCGUGGUGCCCAGUCUACCUGGAUAUGGGUUCUCUGAUCCAGCAGUACGUCCAGGACUCGCCGCACCCCAAGCAGCCGUGAUCUUCCGCAACCUGAUGCACAGGCUCGGCUUCACCAAGUACUACAUUCAGGGGGGAGACUGGGGGGCGUUGAUAGCUUCGUCUCUUUCUACGCUGUUCCCUGAUGAAGUCUUGGGACACCACACUAACAUGGCUGUCGUUCAGUCGGGCUGCAACUACGUGAAGUUGUUUGUGGGUUCGUUCAUACCUUCGUUGGUGGUAGACUCGCACCUAGUGGACCGCAUGUACCCGCUGUCAAACUGGGUCGCGUACGUCCUUGAAGAGUUCGGGUACUUCCAUCUGCAGGCCACCAAACCUGACACCAUUGGAACGGCUCUCAAUGACUCUCCGUCUGGUCUCCUAGCCUACAUAGUCGAGAAGUUCUCAACGUGGACCCGUCUAGAACACCGCUCAAGGGCCGACGGAGGUUUGGAGUUCCGCUUCACAAAGGACCAGCUGAUCGACAACCUCAUGCUGUACUGGUCUUCCAAGUCCAUUACCACGUCUAUGAGGUUCUAUGCUGAGAAUAUGAGCAAGAAGAAUCUGGCUUUGAGGAUGGAUGAAAUCAAAACGCCCGUCCCUACUUGGGCCCUGCAAGCCAAGAACGAGUUGUUUUACCAACCACCAAGUUUCUUACGAACCAAGUACACCAAUCUUCUAAACGCGACUGUACUCGAAGAUGGCGGACAUUUCUUCGCUUUCGAGCUUCCGCAAUUAUUCGCGGACGACGUGUUCAAAGCUGUGAAAGCUUUCAGGGAAUGGCACACGAAGAAAGCUAAGACUGAACUGUGAUUUGUUUUUAGGUUCUGUUAAUAAAGGUUGUUUUUUUUUUUUACUUUUAAA